AUGUCAGGAUUCAAGGAUUUCAAGUCACUUGCUUGUGCCAUUCCACCCACUACCUUGUCGCUUAAACUCACUGAAACAGCAUCAACCGAUCUUUCUGUUUAUUUGGGCCCAGGUGAUACCCUACAAAACAUUCGCUUUUUAGACAUUCGUGGGCCGAACCUGACGAGACUGGCAACAUCGGGUCUGGUGAGGUUCAAACACUUAGAGCGGUUGCAAAUUCGCCAGACAUCAUUGAGCUAUUUAGCUCGUGGUGGGUUCAUUGGUUUGAGUAAUGUGUUUCACUUAAACGCAUCAUCUAAUCAUAUUUCCUCAAUUCAUCGUGGAGCUUUUCAGGGCCUGGUUCGCACCUCUAGGCUUUACCUUUCAUACAACAAACUGGAGAAGGUUGAGCAACAUUAUUUCGAAAAAUUGCCAAUGUUGCUAAUGCUGGACCUGUCUUACAACAAGAUAGAGAUCAUCAAGAAAGGCGCUUUUCAAAACAGGUCUUUGAGCGUACUUUGUCUGAGGGGUAACAAAUUGAAGAGGGUGGAAAGUGAGUGGUUCUUCGGCACAAGACGCAUGACCAGGUUAGCUCUAGAUGAAAAUAUGAUAACCGUUAUGGAGUCAGAAGUCUUUCGUAGUCUUGAGGGCUUAUCUGUAUUAGACUUGAAAGAAAACCCGUUGACGGUUCUGUGGGAGUCUUGGCUACGAGGAUUGAAAGGAAAACUGUUGCUGUUUUGGGAAGGAACUAAACUACGCUGUACCUGUGCAAAUCGUUGGUUCGCAACCCGUGGCAGGACUUACUUUUCUCUAAUCCCAUCUAGUUUACCCUGCUACUACCCACUGGAGAUGGUGGGCGAAGACAUCUUCUCUAUUCCCACAAAUGACUUGCCAUGCCCCUCACCAGUGGUGAAGAUUACGCAGGACAUUGAUGAUCAUGAUUUACAGUUUCGGUGCCAGGCGACGUGGGAAGAAGAAGAGAGCAGUGUCUUCUGGGUCCUACCAGAUAACACUACUAUUGUGUUGCCGGAUUUAGGUGAGGAUGAGCGAAACGCCAACCUGACAUCUCAGCACUUCAACAUUUCAUUCCAACACGACAUAAGUGCUUGUGGAUGGACAUGGGAGACGCCGUCCCGUGUAACUACAAAUUGCUUACACAAUCAGACAGCUCCAACCUAUGCGGUCAGGGCGGUGUCUAUAUUAGUUGUAGCUGGAGCAGUUGCCGGACAGUGGCAAGGGAGAUCUAUCCGAUGCGGUGUAAAGUCGUCCACUGGCACUCUCGAAGCUGGAAUGCUUCUCCCAGACAAUUUCAGUGCCCCGCAUGUGUUACACAAGCUGGUCACAUCUGAGAGAAGUAGCACAAGUACGCCCACUCAUUCAACAGUCGUCAACACCAAAGCCCACACACACCCCAUCAUAGUAUUUCUUCCUACGAGAGUUCAGACAUAUCUGAAUCUAAACUGGUACCUUUUUGUUCCCUUGUGUAUCGUACCGAUUCUUGUCCUCUUCGUAGUCUGUAUUGCUCUACGGAAUAAACAGAAUGUCUACAGGGAGGAACACGCGAUGGACGAAUUGCGAAGUAACAACCAACCGGACAAUGCCCCCCAAAAUCAGGCUGAAGUAGCUACCACGGAUGGCACUUCUAUUGACCCAUAUUACUCAACGAUAAAGGAUGAAGACGCCAACGAAACUGUUAGCCCGUACGGGAUAGCCAAGGCAGGUGCCCAGUACGGCCGUGGGAAGAAAAGGUCGCGUAGUGUUAGAGAGAAUACUGUCGCCGGUCCGAAAUCCAG